AUGCAAAAGUUACAAUGGUUAAAUGUUAGAGUUAGACAACUACAACACUCAUUUAUAGACAUCAAUAGAGAGAAACAAUUCAUUCAAAAACAUUCGAAUCUAUUAUAUAAUUUACAAUAUCAUUUAUAUGUUACUCCUGAAAUAUCUAUACAUUUACAAUUAUUAAAAGAUAAUCAACAACAACAACAACUAAAACAACAAAAACAAAAACAAAAUAAUAAUGAUAAUGAUAAUGAUAAUUUUAAUUUAGAUAAUUCAAUAUUGUUUAUAUUAAAAAACAAUAUUGAUAAUAAUAAUAAAGAUGAUAAUCAUCAAAUACUAUGUAUAUCAGAUGUAAUUGUUGAACCAAAGUUGAUAGAUUUAAAUAUAUCAUCGAGUUAUUCCUAUUUAGAUAGCAAUAAGAGUAGUACGACAAGCAGUAGUAGUUCAAUAUGGUUAGCAAAGGAUUUAAUGACAAAACUAUCAUUGGAGAAUGAUAAGUGCAUCAUGAUUGCACCAAUCAAGAGAGAAUGGAUCAAAACAACCGAUACAGUCUAUCUAUCAAAUCCAAUCUCUUUAAUCAACGAUAAUAUUAAACUAUCAUCGAUGUUAAUGAAACAAAACUUUAAAGAACUGGUUAGAAGUAAUUUAAAACUUGGUUUAUCACCAAAUACAAUCAUUAGAAUAAAUAGCAAUAAUAAUAAUAACAAUAACAAUAGUAAUAAUAAUGAAAUAGUUAAUUUAAUGUUAUCAAAUGGCUCAAUAUAUCAAUUUAAUUAUCAUAUUAAUAUAGAAUCAAAAACAACAACAACAACAAACACACAGAGAUCAUCAAAUGAUGAUUUACAUUUACUUGAUAAUUGGAGAAUCAUUACCAAUAAUACCAAGCUAAUAUAUAUAGAUAGUAAUAAUAAUAAUAAUAGAAUAAAGAGUGAUAAAGACGAUGAAUUUGAAUCGUAUGAUAAUCAAAGAAAGAAAAUAAGAACAUUAUAUAGUAUCUAUUUCAAUGAGAAAUCAGCUAAACAAUAUGAAAAGUAUGGAUUGGAGAAACCUAGAUCAUUGUUGUUAUAUGGACCUGCUUCAUCUGGAAAGAGAACACUCGCAAGAGCAUUGGCACAUGAACUCGGUGAACAGAUCGAUGAUAUCGUAACACUAACAUCCAAUGACAUAAUUAAAUACAAUACAAAAUCAAGAGGACUACAACAGAGAUUCAAUCAAACAAAACAACUUUCAAAUUCAAUAUUUUUAAUAGAACAUAUCGAAGAAUUGUUUCCAAAUUUACAACAAGAUGAAGAUAGUGAUACUAUUACUACCACCAAUUCUGAACAAGCCUUAGAAACAACAUUCAUCAAUAUUCUACAGGAUAUUAAGAAUAAUUCAAAGAAGAAUAAAGUAUUCAUUGUUGGUAUUACAAGCAAUAUAAAGAGAUUAGAUGUUAUGAUUAGAUCACUUUUCGAUGAUGAAAUCAAAUUCGAACCACCAACUUCACAAAAGAGACUAGAGAUAUUUAAAUACUAUUUGGGUCAACAAAUUGGUGCUAAUCACUCUCAUUCCAACCUAGAGGUACUAAGAGAUAUUAAUGAUGAUUGUAGUGGUCUUGUCGGUGGUGAUAUACAACUACUCUGUAGAGAAGCAAUUAUAAAUUCCCUAAAAAGAUUAAAUAAUAACAACAACAAUAACAAUAACAAUAUAAAUAGUAUUGAAGAUAUUAAAUUUAUAAGAGAUGAUUUCAUUGGUAGCGUUAUUCAACACAAGAAAUUGGUGGAUGCAAGUAGUAUGUCGAAAUUGGUGCCGUCGAUGCCAAAAGUAAGUUGGUCGGAUAUCGGUGGUUUGGAGCAGGUGAAACAGUCGUUGAUGGAGAUGGUCGUCUGGGACUACCAGCAUGGCGAUGCGCUGCGUGCGCUUGGUGUGAAGACACCGCGUGGCGUGCUGCUCUACGGUCCGCCUGGCACCGGCAAGACGCUGCUCUCCAAGGCGGUGGCGUUUGAAGCACGCGCCAAUUUCAUUGCGGUGAACAUCAGCGAGGUGAUCCACGGAGAGAUCGGAGAGUCUGAGAAGACGAUCGCAGAGAUCUUCCGGGUGGCACGUGCUACGGCGCCGUCGAUCAUCUUUAUCGACGAGAUUCAAUCGAUCUUUGGUCAGAAGGAAGCGGUUGGACAACACGGAAAGAAUGUGAUAUCGCAGAUCUUGGUUGAGCUGGAUCAGCUCGCCGAAGAUGUCGACAAUGCUGGCAAGCGCGUCAUGGUGUUGGCAGCGACCAAUCUACCACAGGCGAUUGACCAAUCGUUUAUGCAGCCCGGACGGUUUGACCGUGCACUGUACGUCGGGCCACCCGAAGCAGAGGAACGUGCGCACAUUCUCACCAACCUUGCCAAGCAGCUAAAGUUGGCGGACGACGUCGAUUUACAAGAGCUGGCACGUAUCACCACAAACUUUACUGGAUCGGACUUGAAUGGAUUACUCAAGAAAUCUGCACUCUACGCAAUCGAGAGAGAUAUCAACGCACAAUCAAUCACCAUGAAUGACAUUUCAAAAGUAUUCUGGGAGACAACACCAACCAUUACACACUCACAAAUUGAAAUGUUUAAAGAAUGGGAACAAUCAAGGAAGAAACAACAACAGCAACAAUAA